AUGAGCGAAGACAAUCACCCUCACGUCAACGGAGACGGCAGACGGCACAGCGAGCCCAAUUUCAAGCGUCGGCGCGUCACCAAGGCCUGCGACUUCUGCCACCGCAGAGGGCGCAAGUGCAAGCCGGUCACCGAGGGGAGCGGGGUCACGCCCGUCACCGGGCCCGACGGCCAACCCUCAUGUCUGACCUGCAUCGAGCACAGCGCGCAGUGCACAUGGAACCGUGUCGCGGCAAAGAGAGGCGUCAAGUCCAAGACAUCGCCCGCGUCUAUCAAGCAGCCUCAUCAGCAAGGCGAGGGCGGCGGCUCGGACAGGUGCUUUUACGAUGAGAGCCGCCAUGGCAGCAGAAACCUUGUUCACCGUCUCAUAUGCAUCUUCUUCGACACGGUGUACCCAGUGUUUCCCUUUUACGAUGAGGCGAGUAUCAUGAGAGAAUGGGACAACACGAGCAUGUCCUCCAACCGUGCCGCCUUCGCCCGUCUGAUGGCCAUCUGCGCGCUGAGCGCCUCGCAUGUGCGCGACGGCGCGCUGUUCAACCCGGACAUUCCCGAGAUGAUUCGCGAUGAGCACCAGCAGGCCUACCUCGACGACGGGCGGAAAGCCAUUCCCGACGACAACCGGGACAUUCCCAAGCACGAGAUCUUUCAGUACCUCCAGGUCGUCGGCACGCUGUCGCUGGCGGCGAUCCAGAUCAAGGACGACGUGCUCUUUGAACAGUACCUCGGGCGCUACCACAGCAUCGUCGCGCAGGCGCAGUUCCAGUUCGAGAGCAACUGGGGUGAGCUGCCCAGGAACGAGGUGUACGUGCGGCGGCAGUUCUUCUGGUCCAUGUACCGCCUCGAGGUUCACUCUGCGCUGAUCCAAGGGCACGUCAUCCGGUGUCCGGAGUUGCAAUGCGGCGUGGCGUACCCGGUGCACGUCGGCCUCUCCGGCGUCCUGGAUCCCACGGGUGCAACAGUCGGCCAAACAAGAGGUCACUCGAAGCCCGAGAUCUUCUUCCCGGGGAGUUGGCUCACCGGCUGGAACUACAUCACCGACCUGUAUCGCAUGCUGGAGCACGUCAUUGUGCGCAUGCGUAAGCAGCGUGUGCAGGCGGUGCAUACGGACCGGCAUGAUAAUGACAUGGAUAUACUGCUCCCAUCGAUCCAGGAGAUGCUGGACAACGUGUUGAACAGGAAACUGCAGCUGCCGCUGUAUGCUUCUCAAGCGUUCCCGUCAUCGAAUAAUCGCGAGGAGAACCUGUGCGGAUUCCAGGUUGCUAAUAUUGCAUGUACAUAUCAACUCACUCGCAUGGCACAUUUCGCCUGCUUGAAUCAAUUCGACGACGCUUGCAAUGCGGCGAUUGACUUGAUCGAUGAGAUUACCAAAGUACCGCCCGAGUAUCUUAGAGCGAUAGGACAUCCCAUGCUCCAAGAGCUGGUUGGCGUCGGCCACUUGCUCAGCAGCUUCAUCGGGCGCCACCUCACCACACAUCAAUACUUCAGACUACGAGACGUCAUGCGGCACAUGGCGCAAUUCCUACAGAACUUGGGCUCCUGCCUCCCCAACGCGCCCCAAAUAUCGGGCAAGCUGUUGGCGUACAUCACCAAGAUUGACGACGAGAUCAAACGGCGAGCCGAGCAGCAGCCGCAGCAGCCGCAGAUGCCGGUUGCGACGGCGAUUCCCAUCACAGAGAUGCCGAGUAGUACCGGGCAGCCACAGCAGAUUGUGGGGGUGAUGCCAGCCAGCACCAUGGACCAACAUCAGAUGCAGAGCGUUCCCUUGUACAACUUUCCCAUGAACUUUAUGAACAAUGUGUUUACGACGGCGUUUAACGAUCAACCGGACAUUGACUGGAAUUAUGCUGUCGAGAACUGGACAUCAUGA